AUGUCAGGAUGGAUCAACAAGCAAACCUCUACGCCGAAAUCAGAAGAUAAUGCAAGUAAGAAAACAACGGCCGAAAAUGACUCCAAACCACCGGAAAGCCUGGCCGCUGAGAGUGGAACGCUGUCGAGUAAGUUCCCGCUGCGAAAGAUCGGUGAUUUGUUCCGGAAUAAGCUGCGCAGCUCCGGCAGUUAUUCGAUCAAAUCUUUCAACCAUAGUGUAGCGCAGGAGUGCAGGAUAUCGGAACGUGCCAGCAUUGACGUUGAGAAGGUUCCUAGUCCGCCGAAAAAAGCCGAGCGAACUACGAUGGCGGCCGCUGAAAUUGAGACUGCUACGAUUGUAAACGAAAAGUCUACGACUAGAAACGUGACCGCCGAUGCUCCCCCGAAUGGUCCUCCACCCGUACGGCCGCGAAAAAUUACCACCCUCAAUCGGGCAUAUCAGCGAAAGAGGAGUGUAAACAACAGCGCUAACGGAAGCAGCUCUUCGCAGUUGUCGCCGAACGGAGCGGCAACCGAAGCGAGCCGAAAUGGGCAACACAAACGUCCAUCGAUCAGCAGUCAAGAUACGGGUGUCGGAGCGGAAUCGGAUGUGGUGGUGGGCAAGGGUCGAGAUCGUGUGAAUUCGACAUCGCAUUAUUCGACUGAAAAGAGUGGCUCCUCUGGUUAUUAUAGUACAAAUAUCUACUUUGCCGGCAGUUCGGUAGUGGACGAACACAUCUACUACGAACCCGUUGACCGGGGUCGGAAGCAGUCCGCUGCACAGGCUCCUGCGGCGACGAAACCUGCGGAUACGGUUCGUAAGAAAGAAGGAAUUCUGAAAAACAAUCGAGCCGUUCAGGAUGGGGGACAAUCGCAGCUUCAGAACCAGGGGCGGCCACCACUAGAGAAGUACUAUUACCCGGCGACACUGGAGAAUGUACCAAAUUCACCGACAGUCAUGAGAGCGAAACAACCGACGAGCAAUGAAAAACUUUCCGACAUUAUGGAGGGUCCAGAUGGUCCGAUUCCACGACCAAUCUGGCCGACCGAUGCUGAUGAUUCAUUAGCUGAUAUCAACUUUGAUGCAUUCCGUUUGCGGAAUGCUAGCCAGCAGAAUUUGAUGGGAUUUGAUAGUUCAUCUGCGUCGAAUUCGGAUAAUGAGAUUUAUUCUGUAAGCCAAAAGAAUGUUGACGAACAGACAAAGAAGAAGUCGCAGUAUGAGGAAUAUUUGGAGUUUCACAACACACGAAAUAUUUUGGAGCAAAUUAGAGGGAAAUUGAAUACAUUGCUGGAGCAACGCAAUGAAAAUCUACGGUCGAGUGCCGGUAGCAACCGAGAGCAAGCAGUCCCAACUCCGGCUGAAAUUGAGCUGGAAGAAAAAAUUGCCAGUCUUAAAUCCGACCUGGAAAAGUAUUUACAAUCUAUGAAUCAGCAAAAUGAAAACGAAAUCAAUCGGUUUGUCAAAGGAAUGUCGAAGGAUGCGAAGGUGUUGGCUGUUCAAAAUGCUGUCGAGCAUCGAAAUCGAUCGCGUAGUUCUUCGGUUCAUCUGGAGAACGAGUACGAGGUCAUGGAGAAUGCAAAGACAUAUCAACCAGUUUAUGCGGCUCUUCCGCAGCGGACGAUGAAGUGUUACCCUCGGGAAGAGGGCAGGCCUGGGGACCAGCCGUCUCACUUCGAGACGGUCUAUGUGCGGGAUGGGUUUGACAUGCGUCAAUUGAACCGACCGGUUCCGAACCCGUUCGCCCAGGAAGCUCGAACGGCGCAAAUGCUACACCAACAGCAGCAACAGUUGCGGGCAAUGUGCAGUCAGAAGCGUUACCUUACUAGUGAUGAAAUCAGGGUGUGCAAUAAUCUUGAGGGUUGCGAGCGAAGACCCAGUAAAGUGUCGAUCGAGAUGCCGGAUAGUGGAAGAGACGGUGUGCGUUUAGUGAACGGUGGAGGUGGUGGGGGGAUUUUAGUUGAUAGUCGCAGCAGACGUCAAUCGGAGAUUAGCGGUAAGAAUAAUCUAGGCAAAAGUUCGGAUGUGAGUGGGUUUACGUUGCAGCGGGUGAUUCUGAUGGAAAGCUUGGGCAAGAAUGGUAAGCUGUUCGGGGAUAAGGAGAAAAUGCUGCUGGAGUAUCAUCUCAACAAGCCAAGCUACUGGGAGAUGUAUUACGGUGCGAAUCGCGAGGAACACAAUCCGCAUCACACGCUGAUACGAAAGGUCAAGAUAGGAGGCAAAAAUGCAAUCGCGGUUUCAUAUCCCUCAACUCGACCGGAAUCGGAUUUCACACUGGACCUGCCCCGAGCCGAACAACUGCGGGCCAAGAUGAAGAAGGAAAAGCAGUUCCGCACGCGGUGCCGUUGGUUUUUCUACCUCCUGAGUGUGGUGUUUUUCCUACUGUCCGUGAUGGUAGUAAGCCUGAUAUUGACUCGGGGCAAACGGAUGUUCGGCAGCAUGAUAUGA